CGCGCCUGACGUUACUUCCGCCGCUUCCCCGCGCCCGGCGCGGCCCCAGCGGCGGGGCCGAGCCGCCACCUGCGGCCGAGAUGGAAGACAGCGUGGUCCUCGUCAGCGACUCGGACUCGGAGGGCGCCCGGUCGCCGCCGCGCCGGCCCUGCCGCUCCCGCCGCUCGCUGCCCACCCCCGCCGAGAUCAUUGACCUGACCUGUGAGGACACAAACACAGACCUGACACCAUCGAGCAGCCUCGCCAUCAUCGACCUGACUGAGGACAUGUGCAGCCCUCUCCACUCCACCCUUGGUGCUGCCCAGAACCCCAGAAAUGUGCCUGCUGCCCCAGCAGCACACCUGUCCCAUCCCCAACUCUGCCCCACCACAGAAGAAGAAAUGCAAGCAGUGGCAGAGCCGAGCCCUGCACCAGCAUGGCACAGCACACCUGUGAAGCUCAGUUCCACCAUGGACACAGCAGAAAUCAUGGAGAACUGGAGCUGCCUCUCUCCUGCUUCUAGCUGCCACAGCUGGAGCUCAGAGCAGGACUACAGCACUACCACCUUUAGCAGCAACUUGGACUCACAGCUGGACUCAGACAUGCUGUCCCUGUCCCCAUCCCCCCCCAGCCUGGACAGCAACAGCAGCUGGAGAGCUGAUGGCCCAGAGGAAGACCUUCCCCAGCUCUGCCAGGAAAGGAACCUCCCUCCAAGGCUGAGCCCUGCCCCAACCAUUCCUAAAGCACCAGGAAAGGCCCAAAGGCCUUUGCUGGAAACAAGUGACUUCCCAUCACACCAACCAAUCCAGCACAGCACCCCAGCCAGGACUGACGCUGACAGCAAGGCCUGGCUGGACAAACUGCACAGUUUCAGGAGGAGUGGAGUCCAGCACCUCUUCCUCCAAGGCAUAGCACCUAACAGGGAAACACAGCAGCAGAAACCUGGGCUCAUCCCCAGCGGGAAGCUGAGCAUGGUGCACACAACUAUGGAGGAGAACAUCCUGGAGGGCACCUUGUAUUUCCUGAGCGAGUUUGUCUCCUGCCAGCACUGUCCCCCCAAAGAAAUCAUCUGCCACCUGAUCAGACAGAUGCUGUUGGACACCAACGAAGGGGAGAUCCUGAAGGACAUCUACAUGCUGCUGAUGAAGAUCCAAAUGCUCCAUCCAGCCAACGUCGCCACUGUGGGAUGGGACUGGAAACUGGUGAACUUCGUCAUGGAGGACCAGGAGAAGCCCCCCGGCCGGCUCCUCUUCCUGCAGUACGUGGUGCAGACCCUGGAGGAUGACUUGCAGCACAAUCUGAAGUCACAGCUGCUGCAGAAGUCAAUUGCCAAGAAAGUGCUUUCAUGUGACUUGUACUUCAACAAUGUCAGGGAAGUGGUGAAGUGGUUGGUGGCAGCAGUUACAGGAGUCGGGUUCUCCCAGCCCCCGGAGCAGCUGCAAGAAGCCAGGGCUGAACACAGCUCAUCUUCACCAAGGCUGGCCAGCACUGACCAGGCUCAGACAGCUUUCUUUGCCCAAAAGGUGAUACUGCUGCUCCAGCGGAUGUUGUCCAUGGCAGUGGAAGUGGACAGAUCUCCCACCUGCAGCUCCCGUAAGAUCGCAGAUGACAUAUUCCCCUUCAUACUGAACAUCCCCCUGAGGAGCCAAAGGGAAACUUUAGUAAACACCAUGGAGAGCCAGCUCCUGCGCUGCAGACUGCUAGAGCUGUUAUUCCAGCAUAGCUGUGAUGUGCCCACAACCUCAUCCAUGUCUCUGGACAAGAUCCUGUAUUUCCUGAGCCACUCCUCUGUGCUGCCACAAUUUCAGGAUGAAACAGCAACGUGGCAAAGGUGGGACGAGAUGCUGCAGUACUUGAGUUUGCUGCUACUGAGUUACCAAAGUGUAAAACUGGAGCACCUGCGGAGCUCCCUCAGUGACAGGAUGGACUUGAUCGCUCAGAAAGCCAAGCCCAGGCCCCAGGACAGUGAUGACAUCAGCCAGCUGGACAUUCAGCUGAAGAUGAAUGACUUCAUCAGCAGAAUGCAGGAGGCCCUGGGGCAGCCUUUACCCCUACAAAUCCAGGAGAAAUUGCUCAUGCUGCAAGAGUUGUUCUUCAUUGUCGCUACUACCUGAUGGAGACAACCCCUGCAGCAAGGGGGACAAAACUUCAUGUUCUCAAUAUAAAACCCCCCUUUUUUGUGCUGCAAUCUCAACAUCAUGGGGGUUUCAUUUAUACAUUUCUUUGGAAAGAUGUCUGGUUUACAUUGUCUCAGAAUUUCCUUUCAAAUUUGCCUCAUUGUACAGUUUUACUAGGCACUUUGUACACUUUAAAAAAUAAAUUAUUUUCAUAUUUGCUA